AUGUCUAAAGCAAUAGAUAUUGCCAUUGGUCCAAAUGACGCGGCCACGACGAACAACAUGCCUGUAAAUUUCAUAAUUGAAGACGAACCUGCCGAAGGAGACGCUGCUUUGCAAGCCAGCAUUUCUCAAUGUGAGGGUUGCACAAUCCUGUCUGAAGAAGUUAAAGAACUCCGGAAGACUGUUUACUCUGUAUUAAGAAGGCUAGAUGAUUUAUCCGCUAAAAGUACGCAAAAUGAAGCAGCACUGGAGCAAAAGUUUGACAACACCUAUGAUGUAAUUAAAGAUGGUGUUCUUAACAAUUGCCACGGUAUUAAAGCUAUCAAGGACGAAAUAAAAAACUCUGAGGACAGGCUGCUACAGAAAUUGAAUUCAAUCCAUAAUUCAGAACAUAAAGAUGCCGAAGAAAGUAAUCAUGCAUUAAAUCACGAAAAUACGGUUGAACGUGACAACGAAGGGCAGUGGACUAAAUUUCAAAAUCAAAAGAAACCAAAAGAAGUUAAAACUCUUAUCAUUGGCGACUCAAUGAUUAAAGACAUUGAUCCGAAAUCGAUGUCGGCCGCUGGUAGUAUUAUUAAGAAAAGUCGUCCUGGGGGAAAACUUGAAGAUAUGUCAUCUAUGCUUAAUAAUUGUGAAUUAAAAUGCAAAAAAUCUGUUAUUAUUCACAUGGGCACUAAUAACAUUACGUCAAAUGAUUCACCAACAGACAUGGCAUAG